AUGUACAGCGGCGACAGCGAUAGCUGCAGCGACAUCGGUGACCAGGGGCAGCGCAGGGAGACCCUGGACUUCCGGAAUGUGAAGGUGGUGUCGGCGGUGGGACGCGGCGCCAAGGGCGUCGUGUUCCUGGCGCGGGCGUACGGCUCCUGGGGCGAGGAGUGGGUAGCGCUGAAGGUGGUGUCCAAGGCGCUGCUGAGGAAGAAGAACAAAAACGAAGGAGGUUGCAAGAGGGUGUCGUUCGAGAGGCACAUACUACGUCGUUUAGAUCACCCGCUAUUGCCCAGGUUCCGAGGCGCAUUCGAAACCGACCAACUCACAGGCUUCCUCAUCGAUUAUUGCCACGGCGGGAACCUGCAUUCGCUCCGGAAGAAGCAACCGGAGAAGACCUUUUCCGAAAAAACCAUAAGGUUUUAUGCUGUAGAAUUGGUUCUGGCAUUGGAGUAUUUGCACAAUUUUGGAGUAGUGUACAGAGACUUAAAGCCGGAGAACAUCAUGAUCCAAGAGUCAGGUCACAUAAUGUUGGUGGAUUUCGACCUCUCCAAGAAGCUAAAUCUUAAGUCAGCUUCUUCGAGUGGCAACUCGUCACCGGGUUCUGAGUCGCCACCAGAGAAGGAUCGGAGGAGACGACGAUUAUCACGAUUCAAUUGUUAUUGUCAUUCAGGGAUAUCCUUGAAUGACUUGGAUAUUCCGAGUCAACUUAAUGCAACGCCAACACGUGGCAGCUUGUCGAACUCGGUGGAAAAGUCCAACUCAUUUGUGGGAACAGAAGAUUAUGUGGCACCUGAGGUGAUAUUAGGAGAAGGACACGACUUUGGAGUUGAUUGGUGGUCAUUGGGUGUUGUUUUGUACGAGAUGCUUUAUGGGGUCACGCCGUUUAAAGGUGCGAAUAGAAAAGAAACAUUCCAUCGUAUCAUAACUAAGGAGCCUGAUUUAAUAGGUGGAACAACGCAAUUGAGGGACUUGAUUAAAAAGCUGCUUGAAAAGGAUCCUAAUCAUAGGAUCGAGGUGAUUGAGAUCAAGAACCAUGGUUUCUUUAAAGGUGUAAAGUGGGACACAAUCUUACAAAUUUCACGUCCACCUUAUAUUCCCCAUAACGAAAUCAAAGAUACAUCAGGAUUUUCAAAAAAAGAAGUAGAGUCAUUCGUUCAUGGGAUAUUUUUUCCAAAGAGUAAAGAUGAGGAAGAUAAAACUAAGAAAGGAGACACAAAAGAGAAUGAAAAUCAAACGCAGAAGGAAGACACUAACAAAAAAGUGUGGGUUGAUAAGUUGAAUCAAGAUCCUGUUAAAGAAGAAAAUUUUUUAAUUUUUUGA